AUGUCUCAACAGGCGGAUAUAAUUGUCUCCAUUGACUUUGGCACCACUUUUACUGGUGUUGGAUGGAGGUCGCCGCGAACGCCAAUUCAGGUCAUCAACGAUUGGCCGGGCAGCGGAGAUCGAGGAGAGCGUAAAGUGCCAACGAAGCUGAUCUACAAUGCCGACGGGACACUCUCAUCCUGGGGCUACAUGUGUGCAGAUGACGAUGACUUUGACUACCCGACCAACGGCUAUGAGCCCGCUGGCAAGGCACGCCGCGAGUUUUUCAAGAUGUUUGUCGACAGCGAAAACCUGGUAGCUGCGCAGGAGCAGGGCGUGUCCCAAGCCCCCAGAUCAAUGGAAGAAGCACAACAGUAUGCCACAGACUACCUCAGACAGGUGUAUGACCACGUCAAAAGAUCCGUCGAGAUGCAAGUCGGGCUGGGCUAUGUCCCUGGCGGAUGGGCGACCAUGGCAGUGGACUUUUUGUUUAGCGUGCCGACGACGUGGACGCGAAUGGAAACCAUCAACGCUUUCAAAGGCAUCAUGCGAAAUGCGGGGUUUGGCGUGGAGGGACCACGGCAUUCUGCGCAAAUCGACCUGACAGAGGCCGAGGCGGCUGCUGUCGCAACGCUCAAGACAAGUGCCAUCAAGUUCAACCAGGGAAGCCUAUUCCUGACCGUCGAUGCUGGUGGUGGGACGACAGACCUGUCUCUGAUGCGAGUCACUUCUACAGAUCCAGACUUUCCGCAAAUGGCGCAGCUGGCUGCUGUCAAGGGCAUUGGCAUUGGCUCCACGCUCAUCGACCGCGCCUUCAUCCGGCUGGUCGACCAGAGACUCAACACCUGGCCAGACGUGCGGGACAGGCUACCAGCCAAUUUCGCGAUCCGUAUGGCGCAUGGCCACUAUUUCAGGACUGUCAAGCACAAAUUCGGCGAAAAAGUGUAUAUGCAGCCAAAGUUUAAGAUUCAGAUGGAAGGCGUCUCGCACGACUUUAGUCAUCCGGGACUGGGUGUUGAAAAUGGGCGAAUGGUGUUUUCCAUGUUGGAAAUUCAAUCCUUGUUUGAUACCCAAAUUGAGGGGGUCAUGAGACAGACGACUGAGCAGCUGAACUGGCUCAAAGAGAACGGCAUGCCUGAUCAAGUGGAGUUUGUGAUUCUUUCAGGAGGAUUGGGAAGCUCGGCCUAUGUUCGACAGAGCAUUCAGCAACAGCUUGUGAGCUUCCCCCAUCCAAACGCCACAACUGCCGUGGUUGUCCCCUGUCAAGAUCCCCAGCUCGUCGUCGUUCGCGGCCUUUUGCUGGACCAUCAGCAGCGGAUGGAAACUGGCAACCUGUCUGUUCUUGCUUCGAGAGUUGCGCGCGCGAGCUACGGUGUCGUCGUCAAAGAGGUGUACUCGCCGGCGAAACAUUUUGACGAAGAGGUGAUUUCAGACCCGUUCAACUCGGGCAAGCGCUGGGCGGUCAACCAAGUCCAAUGGAUGAUUCGAAAGGGUGAUCUGGUGAACCCGAAUACUCCAUUGGUCAACAAAUUCGAGUUUCAUCUUGCGGAGCGAGAUACAACGCGAUCAUGGGACGCUGAGAUUGUAAUUUCUCAAAACGAGCCGUCAUUUUUACCGAGCAGUCUGAAACAAGCCGGCGUGACGAGGCUUUGCUGCGUCAAGAGUAACCUGGAAGGGGUCCAGCAGCACCAACUGGUACUCAAGCAAAAACGAGGCACGUGCCUCACCAAAGGCCACAAGUUUUACAUUUGCGAGUUUGAGGUGCGUGUCAUUGUGGCGCCUGCCGAUUUGCGGUUCGAGCUGUGGUUUGGAGGACAUAGGUUUUCGGGAAACCACGAGCCGAUCGGCGUCAAGUGGGAUGAAGCGGGAGCUCGUGUGAAGGCUGGGUAG